AUGGGACGUCGAGGCCGCAUAACAACAUACAGCUCAUGGCGUUCCUGCGGCUCUCGCCGACUCUCGACUCCUGGGCCGCCGAGAUCGACGUGUCGGCCGAGUCAUUGGCCGAGGCGUACGGGCUCGAGCUGCCCGGCAACGCCAUGCUCGCCGAGCCCGGAGAAGGAGAACGCCGGGCGCACGCCGGGCCUCGACGUCGGCAAGUACGUCGCCAUGGACUGCGAGAUGGUCGGCGUCGGCGAGGGCGGGCACGAGUCGGUGCUGGCGCGCGUGAGCCUCGUCGACUUCCACGGCCGCCAGGUCUACGACAGCUUUGUGCGCCCGCGGGAGAGGGUGACCGACUGGCGCACGGCCGUCAGCGGCAUCGCGCCGCGCAAGAUGCGCCUCGCGCGCGACUUUGAGGACGUCCAGGCCGAGGUCGCCGAGCUGCUCCAGGACAGGAUCCUCAUCGGCCACGACGUCAAGCACGACCUCGACGCCCUCCAGCUGACCCACUCGAUCAAGGACAUUCGCGACACAUCCAAGUUUCCCGGCUUUCGGCAAUACGGCAACGGGAAGAAGCCUGCGCUGCGGAAGUUGGCUGGGGAGAUUCUCAAGGUCGAGAUCCAGCAGGGGGCGCACUCUAGCGUCGAGGAUGCCAAGGUGACCAUGGCGCUUUUCAGGAGACAUAAGCCGGCGUUUGAUGUCGACAAUACGAAUCGCUUCCCGACUUUUGCGCCGGGGGCCAGGAGUGCGGCAAAGAAGCCUAGGAAGAAGAAGAAAUAG